AUGUGGGGAUCGCGUAAAGAAAUUGAACAAGCUAUCGAACAAUGGAAUUCACUUGCUGAUAGAGUUUUAGAGAGACAAGAUAAAUUACGCAAGAAACAAAAAUCCAAGGGCUGGGGAAAACCUGAAAAUAUAUACAUAAAGUAUAUAAAAGUUGUUGUCGAUUCUUAUGGAAGCAACGACGCGAGUCAAGAACUUUCUAUAUGGAGCUUUAAGGGAUUUACAUUCAAACUCGGAUUCGUGAGGACUGCGGUCCUUGGCAUCGCCUGGAAAAUG